GGCGCGGAAGCUGCGGGGCCGCGCGGCCGGGAUGAGCGCCAGCGCCAGUGGCGGUGGCGGGGACAGCGGCGGCGGCAGCAGCAGCAGCUCGCAGGCCUCCUGCGGGCCCGAGUCCUCGGGCUCCGAACUCGCCCCCGUCGCACCGGCCCCGCGGAUGCUGCCGGGGCUGCUGGGCUCCGAUGAUGAGGAGCAGGAGGACCCCAAGGACUACUGCAAGGGCGGCUACUACCCCGUGAAGAUCGGCGACCUGUUCAAUGGGCGGUACCACGUGGUGCGCAAGCUGGGCUGGGGCCACUUCUCCACCGUCUGGCUCUGCUGGGAUAUCCAGCGCAAGCGCUUCGUGGCCCUGAAAGUGGUGAAGAGCGCGGGGCAUUACACGGAGACCGCCGUGGAUGAGAUCAAGCUCCUGAAAUGUGUCCGAGACAGUGACCCCAGUGACCCCAAAAGAGAGACUAUUGUCCAGCUCAUUGAUGACUUCAGAAUCUCAGGGGUUAAUGGAGUCCAUGUAUGCAUGGUGCUGGAGGUCCUGGGCCACCAGCUCCUCAAGUGGAUCAUCAAGUCCAACUACCAGGGUCUGCCCGUGCCCUGCGUCAAGAGCAUCGUGAGACAGGUGCUGCAUGGCCUGGACUACCUCCACACCAAGUGCAAGAUCAUCCACACAGACAUCAAGCCUGAGAACAUCCUGCUGUGUGUGGGUGACGCCUACAUCAGGCGCCUGGCCACCGAGGCCACCGAGUGGCAGCAGUCAGGGGCACCGCCCCCAUCCCGCUCCACAGUCAGCACCGCCCCCCAGGAGGUCUUGACCGGUAAGCUGUCGAAAAACAAGAGGAAGAAGAUGCGGCGCAAGCGGAAACUGCAGAAGCGGCUGCUGGAGGAGCGGCUGCGAGACCUGCAGAGGCUGGAGGCCAUGGAGGCGGCGGCCCAGGGCGAAGACGCUGGCUCGAGGCUCGAGGCGGGCAGCGGCUCCACCUCCUCUUCCGGCUGCCACCCCGGGGGCGGGGCCAGAGCCGGCCCCUCCCCCGCCUCCUCCUCCCCCGCCGCCGGGGGCGAGCGCAGCCUCAGCCCGGGCUCCCAGACCUCCGGCUUCUCGGGCUCCCUUUUCUCUCCUGCCUCGUGCUCCAUCCUCUCAGGCUCCUCCAACCAGCGGGAGACCGGGGGCCUCCUGUCACCCAGCACACCGUUUGGUGCCUCGAACCUCCUGGUGAACCCCCUAGAGCCCCAAAAUGCAGACAAGAUCAAGAUCAAGAUUGCAGACCUGGGCAACGCCUGCUGGGUGCACAAGCACUUCACCGAGGACAUCCAGACACGCCAGUACCGGGCCGUGGAAGUGCUGAUCGGGGCAGAGUACGGGCCCCCUGCCGACAUUUGGAGCACCGCGUGCAUGGCCUUCGAGUUGGCCACUGGAGACUACCUUUUUGAGCCUCACUCUGGAGAAGACUACAGUCGUGACGAGGGUAGGGGGAGGCCAGCCCUGGGCCCAGGCUGGGGGCCUUCGGCCGCCCAGCCACCGCCCAGCCUUCAUUCUGUCCACAGACCACAUCGCCCACAUCGUGGAGCUUCUAGGGGACAUCCCCCCAGCCUUCGCCCUCUCAGGCCGCUAUUCCCGGGAGUUCUUCAACCGGAGAGGAGAGCUGCGGCACAUCCACAACCUCAAGCACUGGGGCCUGUACGAGGUGCUCAUGGAGAAGUACGAGUGGCCCCUGGAGCAGGCCACGCAGUUCAGCGCCUUCCUGCUGCCCAUGAUGGAGUACAUCCCCGAGAAGCGGGCCAGCGCGGCCGACUGCCUCCGGCACCCUUGGCUCAACCCUUAGGCCCCACGGGCACUUGGUGCAGCUUGAGGCACGCCUGCCCCCCACCCCCAGUGCCUUCAGGGAAAGCUGGACGGCUCCUGCGCCCCCCUCACGCGUGCCCCACGGCAUGGCCGAGAAAUGCUGGAGCCGGGCCUGCCCUGCAGCAUUUGUUCUGUCCCCAGCCUGACAGGGGGCCCCGGAUGGGAAGUGUGCGUAUUUCUUUUCUUAAUAAAGUGUGAACUGAAA